AUGACAAGCGCGACAACGACAAAGACGACGGGCGAAGCCGCCGACCAGGUGCCGGCCGGGCCCGCGCUCGUGUUGAGCGCCAGCGAAGAGUCGGACGACCCUGAUGACGAGAAGUACGAUUUGAUGCUGCGCGAGAAGUGGUCGUGCAAUGCGAUCCGGUCCAAGAUUCAAAAGUUCCUCGCGACCAAGGAGAUGACGCAGACCGCGGCCCUUACGCGCGAGAAGAAGGAGAAGAAGGCCAAGGCCGCCGCCAAGAAGGCCGCACCGAAGCGCAAGAAGGCUGCAUCGAACGAUGACAGUGAAGACGAAGCGCCGUUGGCCUCGGCCAAAAAGGCUAAGACGACCAAGCUCUCGGGCGCGGACCGUCUCGCUCAGAUCGAAGCCGUCGAGCUCCCCGAGAAGCUCCAUGUAUAUGACGACUGCGACGUGGUGCGCGACCACCUGCAGCAGUUUAUCCUCGCCAAGGAGUGCACGCAAGUGGCGCUCUCAGCGCAUUUGGGCUUCUCGGUCGCCUCGCUGCGCAAGUACUUGGCGACGCACGGGAAGCGGGAAGGCAGCGGCAGCAUCGUGUACAAGACCGCGUACUUCUUCUUUGAGAAGCUCCGCCUCCUCGAGAACAAGCCCAAAACGAACAAGCGACUCAAGAUGGAAAAGACGAUGCCCCAAGGGUACUCGCUCGAGCGCAACAGCAAGUAUGGCUGGGUCUAUUGCCCGUAA